CACCGAUCCUCUUCUCAAUCCCAACCACUCGCGCGCUCGCCCUUCUUCUUCUUCUUCUUCUUCUCCUUAUCUUCUUCACCACCCUCGGCUCUCACUCAAGAUGGCCGCAGUCAACAGCGUGUCGCGCCUUGCGCUUCGCCGCAGCAUGGCCACCCAAUCGACCUGGGCCCAGCGCUCCGUCAACUCAGCACGGAGGACAUAUGCCACACCUAGCAAGAGCGCGACCUUGAAGGAGACUUUCGCAGCACAGCUUCCAGAGAAGAUCGAGCAGAUCAAGAAGCUGCGUAAAGACUAUGGCAACAAGGUGGUCGGAGAGGUGACCCUCGACCAGGUGUACGGUGGUGCUCGCGGUAUCAAGUCGCUCGUGUGGGAAGGCUCCGUCCUCGACGCUGAGGAGGGUAUCCGCUUCCGUGGCAGGACAAUCCCCGAGUGCCAGGAAGUUCUCCCCAAGGCACCUGGUGGACAAGAGCCUCUGCCAGAAGGUCUCUUCUGGCUUCUGCUCACUGGCGAGGUCCCAUCUGAGCAGCAGGUCCGUGACCUGUCUGCUGAAUGGGCUGCUCGAUCCGAUGUCCCAUCCUUCGUGACCGAGCUCAUCGACCGCUGCCCGUCCGACCUCCACCCAAUGGCUCAGUUCUCGCUCGCCGUCACUGCUCUCGAGCACGAGUCCUCGUUCGCAAAGGCAUAUGCCAAGGGCGUGAAGAAGACCGAGUACUGGCAAUACACCUUCGAGGACAGCAUGGACCUCAUCGCCAAGCUCCCCACCAUUGCUGCUCGUAUCUACCGCAACGUAUACAAAGAUGGCAAGGUCCCCGCCGUGCAAAAGGACAAGGACUACAGUUACAACUUGGCCAACCAGCUCGGCUUCGCCGAUAACACCGACUUUGUUGAGCUGAUGCGCCUCUACCUCACCAUCCACACCGAUCACGAGGGUGGUAACGUCUCUGCCCACACCACUCACCUGGUUGGCUCCGCACUGUCCUCGCCAUACCUUUCGCUCGCUGCUGGACUCAACGGUCUCGCCGGUCCACUUCACGGUCUUGCUAACCAGGAAGUGCUCAACUGGCUGCAGUCGAUGAAGAAGUCGGUCGGCUCUGAUCUUUCCGACGAGAACAUCACCAAGUACCUGUGGGACACGCUCAAGGGUGGCCGUGUUGUGCCCGGUUACGGCCACGCGGUGCUCCGCAAGACUGACCCACGUUACGUGUCUCAGCGCGAGUUUGCUCUCAAGCAUUUGCCAGAUGACCCCAUGUUCAAGCUCGUUUCCCAGGUCUACAAGAUUGCCCCCGGCGUGUUGACGGAGCACGGAAAGACCAAGAACCCAUACCCCAAUGUCGAUGCCCACUCUGGUGUUCUCCUCCAGUACUACGGCUUGACGGAGCAGAACUUCUACACGGUCCUCUUCGGUGUCAGCAGAGCGAUUGGAGUCCUUCCUCAGCUCAUCAUCGACCGUGCUGUUGGCGCACCCAUCGAGCGACCCAAGUCGUUCAGCACCGAGGCCUGGGCCAAGCUCGUCGGAGCUAAGCUCUGAACUGCCUAUACACUGCCUCGCCGACCACGCAAGGACGCGCGCAUCCAGCGCGCACUCGCUCUACUCGGCGGCGACGGCGGUGGCACAGAAUCAAGAAGAACAGGGCAUUGAUCUGGGUUAUUGCAGAUGAAGUACAAAGGUGAAUCACAGCGUGGUGCACGUGUAACACAAGCUUCUAGUGUCUACAUAGAGCGUUUUCUGGGAGGAGGAAUGGCUAGAAGAGAGCCUAGCAGAGCGAAGUGUCCCAGCUAGAUCAUUCUCCUCUGUAUGUACGAUUAUGCAUUCACGGGCGACAGUGCCUACCUACCUUGCUC